AUGCAGAUGCAAGAAACGUAAUUGUACAGGAAAUCUGCUAAUCAUUUUAAUGUUAGCAAUUCCCUCCAAUUACUCUAUUGUUUUACCAAAAUAAGCUUUGGAACAUACUUACUCUUACCUACCCAACAAUGCAAUUACACUUCCUUUUCUGAAUUCUACUAUGAAAACCCAUUGCAUAAAUGGAUAGCUUGGAUAGUGCUUCAUUCGAUAUUAAAUACUAUCUUGUAUUUCAAUUAGAUAGUGUACAUGAAUGUAGAGGAAAACCGACGUAAUUUGGCGUAGAAGUUGGAUUAAAUACGAGAUUAAGAAGAACAAUUCUAAGCCCAUUUUAUUGAGGAUUCAAAAUAAAUAAGCAUUUUGACAAGAUAAAUCAAAUAUGAAGUCUAAAAGUCAGUCUUAUGUGGUAAAUGGUAUAGUCGUCUAUUGGGCAUUAUAUACUAAUUGCUCUUCUUAUACGGCUUAGCAAUAUUUCUAUCUUAAGAAACAUCAAGAACAGGAUGUGAAUAUUAUUAAUACUAUUUCCUGUGCACAAUCCUCAUACUCUCAAUCUAUUAAUACAUAGACUUAUACAUCAUAGCAAUAUUUUGUAUUCUAUUUUCACCAUUUUUGAUUUUGUUUUUGAUAUAUUAUUGUGUCUCACAUUGCACUAAAAGACAGUAAAAAAGAGAAGCUAUGGAAAGAUUGAACAUUUAGAGUUACAAACCCAAUUGUGUUGAAGGCGAUCCUGAAUGUACUAUUUGCAGAUGUGCAUACGAAUUAGGAGAGAAUAUCUUAACACUGACUUGCAGCAAGUUCCAUCAUUUCCACGAAUCAUGCAUAAUGAGUUGGAUGAAUGUAAAUUCAACAUGCCCACUAUGUAGAAAAGCCAUUUGA